UCCGUUGGCACUUGUUUUUCUCAGUGUCACAGAGCUCCGCACUGCCAGUGUCUGCGUGAGCACCUGAGCAGUUUUCUGGUCUCCGCGGCGCUCAGGGGCUAAACCUCCUCUGAAGACCAGCAUGAGGCUGCUGGACGAGCGGAUCUGGUCGCUGUUUAAGCGCCACUGGCAGCAGACUGUCACUUACUGGAGUGUGUUCUUCAGCUUCGGCCUAUGCAUCGCCUUCUUGGGGCCCACCAUCCUGGACCUGAGCUGUCAGACCCAGUCCACCCUGCAGAAGAUCACCUGGGUCUUCUUCUCCCAGCAGUUCUUCCUGCUGGUGGGCAGCAGCAUGGGGGGACUCUGCAAGAAAACACUCCUGUCCUCCCUGUCAGCCCUCUUCUCCUGCACUCUCAUCAUCUCACUCGUGUUUGCCAUCAUACCAUUAUGUCACCAUGUGGUGCUGUUGUCCGUCGCCAUGGCACUCGCUGGCCAAGCCAUGGGGGUGAUUGACACCGUCGCCAACCUGCAGCUGGUGAAACUGUACCAGAAGGAAUCGGCCAUAUUCCUGCAGGCUUUGCAUUUCUUCAUAGGCCUUGGAGCACUGGUCAGUCCCCUGGUGGCUGAUCCUUUCCUGGCAGAGGACAACUGUGGUCUGGGUGCCAACUGGACCGCCAACUCAUCGUCUUCCUCGGACCUAGAGCACCUCCGCAACAGCCUUGCCGGGCAUGGAACAGUGCUGCACAACAUCUCCCACUAUCCUCUCCACACUGAGGGUGUCAAUAUCACCAGGGUGUCCUAUGCUUUCUGGAUCAUGGCUCUUAUCAAUCUCCCUGUGCCAGUAGCAGUGUUCGCAUUGAUGUACCAUGAGAGACUGUUUCCUUGCUUCAGGAAAAGUCCACGUCUGCUGGACCGGGACUCUCUGUCCAGCUCCGCUGGGGACAGUGGCCGAGAACACGGGAGUGUGUUUGGUUGCUGCAACCCUGCCAAACUGCGAGGUCGCCCUGCUACUUUCUUCAUCCUCCAUGCUCUAGGUGGCGCCAUCGUCUUCAUCACUGAUGGGAUUAUAGGCUCCUACGCUGGUUUCAUCUACACCUACGCCAUCUCCCCUCCUCUGGUGAUGGGUCAUAAGACUGCCGGCUGUCUGGACAGUAUAUUCUGGGCCUCUAUCACAGCCGGAAGACUGUCUUUCAUCUACCUGUCCUACAGAUACACAGCUCCCAUGCUGCUCACCUUCAGUCUGGUGGGAGUCAUACUGGUGCAGUGCCUGUUGUUGAUCUUCUACACAAGCUGUGUGUUUCUCUUCAUCGGUACCUGCGUGUUGGGACUGUGCAUAAGCAGUGUGUUUCCCUCCAUGCUGGCCUUUACAGAGGACAUAUUAGACUACAAAGGUUGUGCCACAACUGUCCUCGUGACCAGUGCCAGCACAGGAGAGAUGAUACUGCAGCUGCUUGUAGGAUCGGUGAUCCACAGUCAGGGCAGCUAUGCUUUCCUGUUGUGCUGUACAAUAACCUCCUCCAUCGGCUUCUGCCUUUUCCUGCUGCUCCUGUAUGUGCAGCGCAUCCACAGGAACUGCCACACAGAUUCGUCUAAAAACACGGACAUGAAAGAGAAGGCACAGACGGGAGGCUCGUGAUCUGAGGCUCCCUGGGGGACCGGAGGGCACAGUGUGGACAGUUGAAGGCCACAUCGGGAGAACAAUCUUAUGGAAAACUACCAUUCCCUCAUUUUUCCCCAAUGCCAUGACAUGAGCUUCAUGCCGGCCUUCUCCAACUGAACAUUUUUGACCUAAAGAGAGGUCUGCAUUUCACGCCUCAUGAUCAAUAAGCAGUUCAUGGAUGUACAAUACUUGAAUUCAUUUUUGGCACAAUCAUUUCUUGUAGCACAUUAUAAUUCUGCUGUAGCUUGAUUUAAAAAGACACUUUAAUGAUUAAAAUGGCAGUAGACAGGAUCGCUUUCGGUUUUCCUUAGAGCAACUACCACCAAAACAGGACACAAAACGAUCAACACCCCUUUGGAAAUAAGAGAAAAGGAAGAUGGAUGUUCACUGAUGAGGUAAAGUGAAAUUUUCAUUAUUUUAUAUGGAGUAAUACCAUAGUUGCCUGAGUAUUGCUUCACGUAGAUAAGUAACUACAGCAUGAUCACACUUUGUCAAAGGCAGAGUAAAACAGCUGGUUGCAUUAAUAAGCAGGCAGGUUUUGUUACUUACUGAUCUAGUUAAAAUAAUGCCAACUGAAUGUCGGUUUUGAAUCCUCUCAAGUCCCGGAGCUCCCUCCAUUGAGUGAAUGCCCGUCUGAAGUUCCCUCUUGUUUCACCUUGUUUUUCUAUCAAUCUUUCUCUUCGUCUUCUAUGCCUCCUCCAACAAUGGGGCCACUUUUCUUUUGCCGGUUUCCACUGUUACUCCGGUUGUUCCAAUGUCCGCCAUUUACUUUACCUGGGGAAAGCUACCGGGAUAACAAAAGCGCUAUCCUCUUCUGUUUUAGUUGCGCAAUGGCCGACACACUCUCUUUGUGCCGGAAAUCAAAAAUUCAUUUUCCUGGGAGAUUUCAUAACCAGUGGCAGGCAAAACUGCAUAGUGACAGCAAGGCUUAUGGGAAACCAAUCUAAAUGCCGAUGGUAUCAUUACUGGAGCAAUCAGACAUUAAUAAUACAAAAUAUGACAGAAUAGAGAAGACUUGGUUAGUUAGAGAUCUUUUAUUAUUGGUCUCACCUAUCUCUUCCAUUAUAAACAGUUCUUCUACACCUCUCAGACAUCAAUACGCCACUUAUAACAAGUAGCUUGUAAACAUUUGGAAAAGCAUCAAACAAACAGAGAACCAGACAGAACAAAGCAAGAACUGUCAUAUCUUUUUAAAAACAAGAUUUUACAUUUCAAGGUAAGUUGAAGGAGAAACAUCAUCAGAAGAUACAAAUGAAGAACUUUGCUAACGACAAGUCCAAAAUGACUUGAUGGAGGAAAGUUUUAAAUGGGUUUUCAGGUCAUUUUCCAGCUAUUUUAUAGUCUUUAUUAAAGUUAAUGCAAAUUGCAAUAAAGGUGACCAAUUCUAUUGGGCUUAACUGUAUAUGCAGAUAAAUAAAUAUUGUGUGGUAGUGCCUAAUUACAAAUUAUUGUAAAUUAUUUGAUAUGUACUGUGGAAGAUUAGAUAUAAAUGUUUUGUGGUAUAAAAUAUGAAGUGCAUAAUUUUAUCCUCCCUUGGGGAAAAUAUACAUUUCUCAGUAAGCAAAUGUCAACGUGUCAAAGAGUAAGUCUGAGUCAUAGAAAAGCGACAGAAUCCAAUAUUACAGGAACCCCAAAAUUUUAAGUGCAAACGUCUCAUCACAACAUCUGCAUGUACAAUAUCAACACUAUAUCAAAACACUUUACAUAUAAAACAUAGGUUUACAUUUCUCCCCGUAAGGCUUUGAUUCCCAAAAAAGCCAUCGCCACCAUGGGGCAGCAGCCUCCCAACUCCACAAGAGGAAAACCACAAAGAAACACAUGCACAAAGAGAACAUUAAAUCAGAGAACCCAAAAUAGCAGACAUCUAACUAUCUGGCCGUUAC